CAGCAGGACCACAAGAUGUGGAUGUGAUGCUCUGACACUCACACGCACUCACCAGGCUGCAGGACAACUUUACGCAGCACCCAGUGUAUUGAGGAGUGUGUUUUGUUUUGGAAGUACCUGGCAGUAACUCCAGACUGAGAGGGUGUUGCAUUAGUUUAGUGGGCCAGUGUGUUUUGUUUUUUUACUUUUCUUUUCUCUGUUUUCUCCCUGAAGCACCAGACACAAGCCAGCAGCCCUGUCCCGUGUUGUAUUUCCCACAUGUCGCGAAAGCAGGUGGAUCAUGACUACAGCCUCCGUAGUAUGAGCAACCUGAUGGGCGAGCGCUGGAAGAAAGUGGACGAUGGAGGAGAGCGAAGUCUCAUCAAGGCUCCGUCCAGCGCCAGCAUAAGCAGCCAGGGCGCCGCCGCCGGAGCGUCCGCUGCCAGUGCCCCUGGAGCUGGAGCCGGGGGAUCGGCAGGAGCAGCCUCCACCUCCUCCGCCGGGGACCUGGAGAGGGCUGCCCGCAAGCAGUUCCAGCAGGAUGUCACGCCGGGCUUCGUCUACGUCCUGGCCGUGUUCUCCGCGCUGGGGGGCUUCCUGUUCGGCUACGACACCGGGGUGAUCUCCGGGGCGAUGCUCCUGCUGAAGCGGGAGCUGGAGCUGAGCGCCCUGUGGCAGGAGCUGCUCAUCUCAUGCACUGUGGCCGCGGCCGCCUUGUCCGCGCUGCUGGGCGGCUUCCUCAACGGGCUCUUCGGGCGUAGGGUGUGCAUACUGCUGGCCAGCUUCUCCUUCACGCUCGGGGGGAUCGUGCUGAGCACCGCCCCCGGGAAAGAGGUGCUGCUGACGGGGAGGCUCAUCGUGGGAGUUGGGCUUGGCAUUGCCUCGAUGACAGUGCCUGUGUACAUCGCUGAGGCGUCUCCACCCCAUCUCAGGGGUCAGCUGGUGACCGUCAACACCCUCUUCAUCACCGGGGGACAGUUCACCGCCAGCCUCAUCGAUGGCGCCUUCAGCUACCUGCAGCGUGAUGGGUGGAGGUACAUGUUGGGUCUGUCAGUGCUUCCUGCUGUGCUCCAAUUCGUUGGAUUCCUGUUCCUGCCAGAGAGCCCUCGCUGGCUAAUCCAGCGCGGGCUCACCCAGAAGGCCCGCCGCGUGCUCAGUCAGAUCCGUGGCAACCAGAACAUCGAUGAGGAAUACGACAGCAUCAAGAACAGCAUCGAAGAGGAGGAGAAGGAUAGCGGAGGAGAUGGCCCUGUGAUCUGGCGGAUGCUGACCUACCCCCCGACUCGGCGCGCUCUCCUGGUGGGCUGUGGUCUUCAAAUGUUCCAGCAGCUUUCAGGGAUCAACACCAUCAUGUACUACAGCGCCACCAUCCUGCAGAUGUCCGGAGUGCGGAAUGACAGGCUGGCAAUCUGGUUGGCCGGGCUCACCACCCUCACCAACUUCCUGUUCACUCUGCUGGGAGUGUGGCUGGUGGAGAGAGUGGGACGCAGGAAGCUCACUCUGGGCAGCAUCAUAGGCACAUGUUUGAGUUUGAGUCUGUUGGCCACCGGUUUUCUGAUAUCUGCCCAGCACAGUCCUCCUGUCACCUUCCACCCGUUAGACCCCGCCAUGGCCAACUCUACUUGCUCCAAGUACCAACUGUGUGAGCCGUGCAUGCUGGACCCUGGGUGUGGUUUCUGUUACCGUGAGAAUGGCUCGGCACUCCUCGCCUCCUCCUGUGUUGCAGUCAAUAAGGCCUCAACCGAGCGAGCCGCAUGGGGCAGAUGCUCCAACACCAGCCUAAUGAGAGAUCAGACGUACUGGGCCUACAACUACUGUCCCACCUCCUACUCCUGGCUGGUUCUGCUGGGUCUCGUGCUCUACCUUGCUGCUUUCGCUCCAGGUAUGGGUCCAAUGCCGUGGACCAUCAACUCAGAGAUCUACCCGCUGUGGGCAAGGAGCACAGGGAAUGCCUGCGCUGCCGGAGUCAACUGGACCUUCAACAUUCUGGUGUCUCUCACCUUCCUCCACCUGGCUCAGUACAUCACCUACUAUGGAGCUUUCUUCCUCUACUCCAGUAUGGCCUUGCUGGGUUUCAUCUUCAUCUACGGAUGCCUGCCGGAGACCAAAGCCCGGCGUCUGGAGGAGAUCGAGGCACUGUUCGAGAACCAGCUCUGCUCCUGUGGCGCUACUGAUUCUGACGAGGGAAGGCAGGUCGAGUACAUCCGGGUCAAAGGCUCAAACUAUCAUCUAUCUGACAACGACGCAUCUGAUGUAGACUAGGGAGCGUUUCUGUUGCUGUUGUAUUUUCCCUCUGCAGAGAGGUUGGGUGGGUAAUAUUUAUAAUUUUUUUAAACAUGAGCUAAGGAGUCACUGAUUUCCCUCACUGCAGUUUGAUAACAGCGUAAAAGGUAUUUUGCUUAUAUCAGCAAUGUGAGUUCACUUUCAAAUAAGUCAAUUCAGGAAUCCGAAAAUCAACGACAAUGCUUGAGUUUGAGUGUAAACGUUUUGGUUUCAGAUAAUCUCUGAGCUGAGGGUGAACCUACACCAAAUCUGCUUUAGCCACUGGCUGAAUUCUCAACCAUGAACGUAGAAAAGACGAAAACAUUCUCUUUUCCACACCUAAAGAGAUCUUCACAUAAAUACACAGAGAUCCAGUGUCAGGAAACAUGACAUAUAUUCAUGUAUAAGGGACGUCCACCCCUAAAAAGUAUUUUACAAAAGGGGCUGUGGCACCAAUGUUUUUUUUCUUUGAGUAUAUAUCAGUUAGAAUUUCUAUAUAAUGUUGUACAUACAGUACAGUAGAAGAAGAAUAACAUGACAUAGCCAUCCUUACAGCGUCAUGUCGUUAUUAGUGAUCGUGGUCUCGGAAACUUGGACGUGUGCGUCCACAAAGUUGCCGUUGGCGUGACUACUGUUGUAACUCAUCGUUGAUCUGUAGAACCAUUCUGCCUUUCUAUAUAAAACACAUCUCAGUUAAAUGUCGUUUUAAGCUUGUAGCGUUGCACAUAAAAGCAGCACGAUGUAACAUUAGUUGAGCCACAGCGCCCUCUGCAGCCACUCAUAGUGAUUCAUUCUGUUGGGCUCAGUGUCUGAGCAAUUGCUUUUUUCAUGUAGAGAACAAAACAAAGCCUGUUAAUGUGUUAACCAGAGUUCUGAAUGUGUAGUCCCUGAACUGAAACCCAACUGAACGGUGGAUAUUACCCAUAAUCCCCAGCUUCCUGAGCAACAAGAGCUGCUGCUGUAACAAAUACACUUAAAAAAAGUCUUAAUGUUUUAAGGGGUUUGUCGCUGAGUGUUGGAGAUAAAUUCUGGCUGAGAUAAACUCAGCUUGAAUUGUCAGAAUCAGGUCCAGCACCUGAUUCUGACAAUUCAAGCUGCAACUGUCAGUCAACACUCCUCACAGAAACAACUCACCAAAGUAAUAUAGAGUAAGAACAGCUGUUCAGAGUAAAGAGUGGGAAUGAAAGAGGCUCCAUUCUCCUUUUUCCAAGUCAGUGUAGCAUCCAACAAAUUUUUAAGCUGCUAUUUUAAGUUAGAAAAGGUUGUAUAGUCAUGCUUUAACAGUCUCAGCAAACACGAGAGAUGUACAGUGUGUUGUUUAAAAUUAGCAACCUAUAUUGUCAGUGGGUGCACAAAGACACCACUGCAGUAGCACUGAAAGGAAUAUAACUAAUACGGUCCAUUGUUGUUUAUUUAUAAUUAUUUAUAAUUUUUGCACAAAUGAUGAAUAUCUCUUCAGUGUAGUUUGUUUUUACUGGUUGGUUCUGUUUCCUAUCUGCGUCUCAAAAAAGGCAGUUUGACAAAUGCAAUUAAUCUACAAUCGGAUUCAUUCUGUCUCUAUGACCCGAUGCUAUAAACCUUUCAUCGACCACAGCAAGUCACCACUGCUGGAUAUAUUUUCCAUUUAAUAAUAUAUCAAACAAAGAAAGCCAGUGUCCUCUAUCUGUGGUGGUGAAUUACAAAAUAUUAGUUUUAUCUUAACAUGAUAAUAUUAGUGCCUGUGUUUCGUGAAGGUGCCUAAUGGCCAUUUUUUUCAGUCACAUUUGUAACGUGGACUUGUAUGUGUUAUGUCAUCUUAUAGGUCUACAUAGUUUUUUUUAAUUUGACAUGUACAUAUUUGCCUCUCAUCUAUGGCGGAAUUGUAUUUUUUUAUUAUUAUUAUGGUUUAAAGUAUUUCGAUUUUUCGUCUUCCUCCAUAGCCUUAUGUACAAAAUAGCAGAGCGUACCAGUUACUGUCUGUGGUUCUCAUGUCAACACAUUGCGGAGUAGGACUUAGUGUAAUUUGCCAGUGUUGUUUUGUAGAAUUGAAACUGUGUGAGGGUUGUUAGUCAAAUACACAGAAGUUUCAGUGUAUCGAAAACUGUCUGAAAGGUAACAACUGAGUCACUUUAACAAAACCGAUAAAUGAGACGUCAUCAGGUUGUGCUGUUUCUGUGUUCAAUGAAAAGAGUUCUUAUGAUAGAUUAAGGAGAGUCCGUGGUAUUAACCCGUAAUGAAUUCAUAUGAUCUUUGAAUUAACGUUUAAAAUGAGCAAGAUUUCAAGAUAUCACAUUCAGACAUGACUGCUGUGUUAGAUCUUUAUAAACGUUAGCACCGUAGUCCUCCAAUAAAUAGUAAAAAAGCGAUCACAAAGCAUCCAGCACCUUCAUGUGGAAACCCAAUCAGUCCUUCAAACACACUUUGAAAACGUUAACAUAGAUUUCAUUCACAGCAUCAUAUCCAGCCCAUUAUUUACUAAUUGUAGUUUUUACCUGCCGAUCAGUUUCCAAAUCAUGCCAUACAUUUUAAAUUGAUUGAUUUUGAUUUUUGAACCUUUCAAUUCCAUUCUUUUCCAGAAGCAAUGAAAAUCUAUCCGAAAAGACAAUCUUGCUUGAAAUAGGUAACAAAUGAUAAUGUAUGCAUGUGUUUUUUUUCCUAUUUUUAUUCAACAGCAUGAUUUCACUUUCAGAUUUUGCAAUCCUCUCACUCAAAACCCAGAGCUUGCACUCAGAUAGCCCCUGCUUAUGCUCAAACGCUUGCAGACAUUAUGUGGCUUGCACUCAAAUUUCCAGUCUGUCAAAAUUCCCAAACCAAUAGAAUGCCAGGUGUAGUGUUGACAAAUGAAACUGAAGUCCUGCUCUCAAACUGAAAGACCACACUCUUGAACAAAGAUAGGGGACAGAAAACACAAUAUUGAAUGUUUAAAACCACACAGCCUUAGAAUGGAAACUAUAAAAGUCAUAAAAAUCCAUCAGUGAUUUCUGAAAAUGAUCAGCAGUAAUGUAAAGUACCUGUGAUUUGUAGUAAUGAGGCUGAAACAUGGAAAUUAUCUGGUAUGAGGUAAAAAAAAAAAGUGUUGGGGAGAAACAUCCAAAAUAAAGGAUUUAUUCACUUUCAGAAAAAGACGAUUAACCGCUUUUUCUACUUGGUAAAUUAGUCCUUAAAACCUGCUUAAUUAACCUUUAAAACUAAUGGAGACUAGUUUGUACAGGUUUAAAAGCAAAGAAAAUAACCAGAUAUUGUUUGAACUCAAAACCACACAAACUAGUUUUGUACUGAGAGUGCAGAUAAAACAUACGUUGAUGACCCAGAUUGUGUAACGAAAAGCUUGUGUUGACCAAAUAUUUACUGUGAGUGUUUCAGGUUGCAGCUUAUCACCGACGUUAGCAUCCUGUUUGUGUUAACACUGUCCUCCACCACACGGGAUGUUUUCACGUGUUCUUAUGGUGAAAUGGUUGUAAUUUUUUCUAUGUGAACCAACUACAUGUGUUUCUACAGUUUAUGAGGAACUACAGAAUACAAAUUUAAAAAAAAGUGCUGUAUAGUUUAUUUGACUAUUGUUCAAGCUGUAAAUGUUUUGCUAGAGUUUAUAUUCUAUAAAAUAAAAAUAUCUUCUUGAAAUCUUAACACUUGAAUAUGUAUAUGGGGAAAGAA